AUGGACGCGACUCCUACUCCUACCACGAGUUCUUCGACUCGGUGUCUCCCAAAUGUUCCUGAAGUUCCCGAAGAAGAUCCUAAAACGGCAUCGCCAUACUCAAUGACUUCGCCUACUAGUUCUACAACCACAGUUAACAGCAGCAGCACUGGGAAGGCCUCCAGGAAGACGGCUAGCGUUCGUACCCUGGGAAGGACCUCAAGCGAGCAUCUGACAUCGUCGUCAGGAUCUAGCUCUUCAACUGUCAAGAGAACGUCUUCAUCCUCCACAGUUGUUCCAACUCCGAGUGGCAGUGGAAGCAGCAGGACGCGUGGUUCCGCUGCUGCCCACGCCCGUAGUCUUAUUCCCGAACCAAAAAAUCGCAUCACGCCAAAGGUUCCUCACGAUAAGGAUGCUGAACCUGCCCCUAGCACCGUCAUGUACUGGAGUCGCGCGCCGGCCUGGGGCGCAGCCCCCUCAAGGACAUUGCGAGCUCACACAGCUACAUUGGUAGAUACAACGGCAUGGUUAGUUGGAGGUUGCGACGACAAAGAUGUUCUGAAAGAAAAAGCGAUUUACUGUUUUGACACAGAAACAAUGCAGUGGUCACAUCCUGAAACUGUCGGGGACAUUCCACCACCUUGUCGUGCCCAUACCGCGACGCUAUGUGAUAAAAAGCUAAUUAUCUACGGGGGAGGUCUUGGAUCGACAUAUUAUGAUGCAGUUUACGUUCUUGAUACCGCUACCCGCAGGUGGACCCGGCCACACAUUGCUCCUGGGCGUCGCCCGCCUGCUCGCAGGGCGCAUUCCGCAGUGUAUUACAAGGGCAAAAUAUGGGUUUUUGGAGGAGGUACAGGACUGACUGCUCUAAAUGAUCUAUGGACAUUGGACAUAUCUGGCGGAGCGGGUACUCAAGCUAAACCUAUGCGAUGGGAAGAGAUUCACACCAACAGCAAGAGGCCUGGUCCAAGGGGAUAUCAUACAGCAAACUUGGUCGGCAACAUCAUGGUGAUUAUUGGCGGCAGUGACGGCAAGGAAUCAUUCACUGAGGUUUGGUGUCUAAAUUUGGAUACGCUUGUGUGGAGUGCCGUCAAGCAACAAACAUCAUUUCAUAAACGACUUGCCCAUUCUGCUACGCAAGUGGGCUCUUAUAUCUUUAUUGUUGGCGGGCAUGGGGCAACAGACUAUGUAUCAGACCUUUUGAUGUACAAUCUAGUAUCACUGCAAUACGAAGACCGUGUGGUCCUUGGGAAACCACCGUCAAUCCGCGGGUACCAUGCAACCAUCUUGGCGGACAGUCGUCUAUUCGUUUUUGGGGGAUUCAAUGGUGCUACUGCGUUCGAUGAUGUUCACAUCCUCGAUCUUGCCGCUGGUGCAUACCUCCCCCAGGUUACGAGCUUCACCAUGGAGGAGACUAUCUGA